AUGGGAGCAUAUUACCGUCGUAAGAUACCCCGUGAUAGCGUUCGCGUAAUAAACAAUCCGAUAUCCGUUGGCGCUCCGCCGAUUACGGUUUACGUGCAGCCACAAGCGUUCGUCGUGCAGCAGUUUCGGGAGGUUCCCCUGCGCAUGCGCUGCAUGUUUUGCCAGGCGGACGUGGUUACCUCUACCUAUUUUGAGAACGGCACCAUUACCUGGCUUUUGUGUGCAAAAGAUAGCACUUGUACAAAAUGUUAUAAGUUGUUUGCCUCCAGUGUUCCACUAGGCUGCUGUCUGAUUCCGUUCUGCAUGGAAGACAUGAAAGACGUUGUUCACAGGUACCCCAACUGUAACCAACAGGCCGGAAGGUUCAACCGGAUGUGA